UUCGUCAACAACAACGGACAUUCGUCAGCAACCGCUCCAUGUGUUGCUAGAACACCCUGGGUAAAUGAAUCUGCCAUAAUGAGAAUUCAUUUUCGGACAACGCUCCCCCCUGCCGACAAUGCUUCACCAUAAAUGGACGGAUUUCAGGCUACUGGCGAGUGUUGUCUGCACUGAAGUUUGGGUUAUUUUGUCUUACACGUAUCUUUUCUGGUCCAGUCUACCGAAUAAUGGCAGUGUUUGCUAAAUAUAAUUCCACCGGAUUCAUAGUAAUCUUUCUUGUAGCUUUUCGUAAUGGCAGUGUUUUGUUCUCCUCAGCUAGCUAUGAUCUCAUUGAUUUCUUAUUUCAGGUGGUUGUAUUGGAACCGGCGCGCUAUCCUAGUUAAACGUGCGUUGUAGCGUCACAAAACGUGCUAACGUGGACUAUGUAAUGUUAAUGCCUGUCUUCAAGACGCAGUGAAGAAUUCUGCGCCAUUCCGCGAUAACUCAGAAUUCAGUGUUAUUGUCCCAAUUCCGUGAAAUCCUCCGUGAUUCCGCGAUCGCCGAUUCCAUAGGGCCGUACAUAUGUUAGUUGCAUAUCUCACACGCUAAUUCAGUCACAUUUCUGAUUAGUGAAACAUAGCCUAGCCUAUAUGGCAGUUCAUAUGUGAGUUAUCGUUUUCCAGUGUCCAUGGUUCACAUUAAACAACAAUUAUUUCCCACUGUAACAUCUGUAACAAAUGUAUUGAUAAUAAAUGUGCCAUUUGUAAAGGAAGUCUUAGUCUUCAACUAAGCUUGGUGUAUGAUGGCAAGACCACCACCACGGCUGGAGCUCAGGCUUUUUCAUUGUACUGUAUGCCUCAUGAAAAGUACAAAAGCACUGCCGCCUCACAGCAAGGAGGUCCUGGCUUCAAAUCCCCGUCGGCCGGGGCCUCUCUGUGUGGAGUCUGCAUGUUCUCCCCGUGUUCGUGUGGGUUUCCUCCGGGUACUCCGGUUUCCUCCCACAGUCCAAAGACAUGCAGAAUUUGUGCAGGAUCUAUGAUGAUGCAGAAGCUGGUGGUUUUACUCAUCCUGCUCUUUGGCAGCUCUACAAAGUCAGAAGAUCUUACAGGGAAAGCUUUUACCUUUCCAUCGGAGUCUAUUACUCGAUAUGCAACGCUCACGCCUGAUGUGGAUGGACCUUAUUCAGCUGUGACACUCUGCCUGAGAUUCUUCCCUGAGAAUGGAAGAGCACAUUCCCUCUUCUCCCUGGCCACACCAUCAAGAAACAAUGAUUUUUUGCUGUAUUACCCAGAAAAAGGAAAAUAUAGUUUGCAUGUCGAUAGUGAACUUCAUGAAUUCCUGGGGAUGCCAGACAAUCAAAACGAAAAGAAUUCGGUCUGCUGGACCUGGGACGGUAAAACCGGAUUUACUCAAGUGUGGGUGAAUGGAAAGCGCAGUAUAAAGGCAAAGAUCUACACAGGAGUUAUUGCAGCUUCAACUCCUAGCAUAAUCCUUGGCCAAGAUCAGGACAGUUAUGGUGGGGGCUUUGAUCCAAAUCAGUGUUUUGUUGGAGACCUUUCAGAUGUCCACAUGUGGAAUUAUGUUCUUAAUCCUUGUGAAAUCCAGACUUACAUGAAUGGCUUUGCAUUUCCACCAGGAAAUGUUCUGAAUUGGAAAGCACUAAAUUACAAAGUAAAUGGAGAAGUGUUUGUAGAACCAAACGAUUCAGCUUGCCAUUCUUAGAAAGCAAGCAAACUAAAGUAUGCAAUACAAAAGUAAAAACGUGCUAAUAAAUAAAAGCUUUGCGCUGAAUAUAUUCUUGUUUAUGUUUCUCUUCUAGUAGCCUCUCAUAUGUGUGCAUUUACUUUGGUUCUGAAUUGGCAUAGUUAAUUAGGUCUUAAUGAUGUUACAUCUUUAUUCACUGGUCUGGGAAUGAUGUUGGACUGGUUGUAACAAACAAGUACAGUAUUUUCUUUGCAUGCAAACAGCAAACAUAUUAAAAAUAAAUGUAAAACA